AUGACUCUCAGAACCAUUCCCAUUCCUCCGUCGCCACCCCGAUCUACAGACGGUGAUCCGUCGCCGGGAGAGAUCUAUCAACGGUCUGGGCCAUAUCCGCCUGUCUACAACACGGUUGACCCGAUCAAGAUGCAAGGCGACGAGAUCAACCCUGGCUUUGUGCCGCAGUCAUCAACGCUCUAUGCCUCUCCCUCGCCAUACUUCCAGCCCGCCUUGCAAUAUCCCCCGAUGCCACUCCACGCUCAGAUGGUCGUGCCAGGCCCUCAUACCAACACGCCUCCUCCAACCUCAGAUGAGGAACUUGUCCCUUGUCCUGUUGGAACGCCACCGCCAAAAAGCUCGCCGGCGCGCCGGCGCGCGCCAACACCCAAAGCCAAGCUCAGUCGAUCGCCUAAAGCGCGGAGAGCUCGCGAGCGCAGAGAGGCAGAUACGCCUGAGACCUCGGUCGAUUCUUCUUCUUCCAAGGAACUGUACAUCCCGCUGCCGUUGAGCGAGCUCACCAAGCACAUGACAGAUGUCCCUGUCAAGGACAUCGAAGGCUUCGUGAACAGAUCAUUCGAGGAGCGGUGGGAAGAGGUCAAGCAGAAGGGGAGGAUUACCCGGCCGAUGAACUCAUUCAUGCUCUACAGGUCGGCAUACACGGAUCGCAUCAAGCGAUAUCUGAACCAGACCAACAACCAGGCUGUUUCGCGUGCCUGUGGCUUAGGCUGGAAAUUGGAGCCGAAAUACAUCCGCGAGAAAUACGAGCGAUAUGCUUGCAUAGAACGCGACGAGCACGCCAGAGCACAUCCGGACUACAAGUUCUCGCCAUCCAAGGACUGCAAGGCGCCUCCAGCUCGGAAACGACAGAGUGCAGACGAAGCGAUCAACACCCCAUCCUCAACCUGCGAUCCUGCUACCCCCAGCGACUGGGAUGAUGUCGACUACCACAGCAAUCCGGGUUCAUCAUUCCUCCUGCACAACCGGUUGCAAAGCUUCGACGUCAACCGCGUGCGCAACAUCAGCCGCACCUCCACUCCCUUUGACGCAGAACCCGUUCCAUUGCCCAGCUCCUGGAGCAUGAGCUAUCCCGGCCGCAUGGAGACUCCCCACGGUCUGCCAACCGCCGUGCAUCCCAGCGCUCUGCAAAUGAACCUGCACUACAGCCGUCCUAGCCCUCCUCCUCAGGACGCGCAAUACGGCUCAUCCAGCAGCACCUUGGCCGCUCUACCCGGUGCCACACAUCAUGAGCUGCUCCAGCCUCAGCCCAUGUACCCGGCCGCCACCCGUCUGACUGAGGAACGCCACAUGGAUCCGCAGCUACUCUCCUACGAGAGCGGCCCUCCUCCGGCUGAGAGCGGUGUGGCCUUUUCUGCGCCGCCUUCUUACCCUGUCUGGAACGAUGACGCUGCUGCCAACAGCUACCUGACUACCUCGGCAUCCUCGGUGCCCCCAAGCCCGGCUACGUACUACCCCACACACAUCACCGCUGUCUAUCACCACCACCAGGGUGUGCAUAUGAUUGAUGCUCGGGACCCGUCGUGGGAUAUGCACAAUCACCAUGAAGCCAGCAGCGCUGAGUUUGAGCCUUGGUUCGAACAGCAGUCAGGUUAUUAA